AUGUCCUCAAAGAUAACUACCAAGGAGCAGGUAAAGAAGCUCUUAGACAGCUACGACUAUUUCUUGUUCGACUGUGAUGGCGUUCUUUGGUUGGGAGACCAUAUCUUGCCUUUUGUAAAAGAGACACUCGACUUGUUGAAGUCACUCGAUAAGAGAGUGAUUUUUGUCACCAACAACUCUACCAAGUCCCGUAAAGACUACAGAGGAAAAUUUGAGAAGCUUGGAAUUCCCGGAAUUCAAGAGAAUGAAAUCUUUGGGUCCUCGUAUGCUCUGGCAGUUUAUGUUGACAAAAUCCUCAAGCUUCCAAAAGACAAAAAAGUAUGGGUUCUCGGAGAGACAGGUAUUGAGAGAGAAUUGCAAGAGUUAGGGUACGCAACCGUCGGUGGAAGUGACCCGAAGCUAGACGAAACCGGUAUUCUUCCCGCCGAUAGUGAAGCAGUGAAUAACUUGGACCCUGAAGUUGGAGCAGUUGUCGCAGGCUUGACUUUGCUGGUGAACUAUAUCAAGCUUUCGGCUACAAUGCAAUAUUUAUUGAAGGACAACAAAUCAAUCCCCUUCAUUGCAACCAACAUAGACUCUACAUUCCCGAUGAAGGGAAAGCUCAUGAUUGGUGCGGGCUCUCUUAUCGAAUCCGUAGCAUAUGCAAGCGGCAGACAGCCAGAUGCAGUGUGCGGUAAACCAAACCAAGCAAUGAUGAAUUCUAUCAAGGCUGCUAAUCCUGAUUUACAAGCGAAACCUGGACGCGGGUUGAUGGUAGGUGACAGGUUGAAUACUGAUAUGAAGUUUGGUCGCGAUGGAGGAUUGGAUACGUUAUUGGUGUUGACAGGCAUUGAGACUGAAGAGUCAUUGAAGCAACUCGACCCGAAUGAGGCCCCAACGUACUACGCUUCGAAGAUUGGCGACAUAUAUGAACUCGCUGGUCCAAACAAUUAG